AUGAGGGCACUGAAAGAAGGACUCAAAUUUCAUGCCAAUGCCAUAAAAUCUGGUUUCACACCAACUAUUUUCGCAGCCAACCAACUCAUUCACUUGUACUCCAAACAAGGUUUUGUAAGAGAAGCUUGUAAACUGUUCGAUGAAAUGCCUGAACGAAAUGUGUACACUUGGAAUGCCAUUAUAAACGUUCAUAUCAAAUGCCAAAACUUCACUGCUGCACAAUUCCUCUUUGAUUCUGCUCCAUGUAAAGAUUCGGUCACCUACAAUUCGUUGAUAAGUGGGUAUGCAAACUCUGAUGGACAUGAAAAUAUGGCUCUGAAGUUGUUUGUUCAAAUGCAAUACGAGAGUGAGAGUGUUAAGGUGGACGAGUUUACACUAACUACACUGCUUAAUUUGGUAGCUAAGUUAAGGGCGUUAUGUUAUGGGAGGCAGUUACAUUCAUAUAUGGUGAAGACUAAUAAUGAUUCUAGUGGGUUUGCAGUUACUUCUUUGAUAGAUAUGUACUCGAAAUCUGGGUGUUAUAACGAUGUGUGGAGUGUGUUUAAUGGAAGCGGUGAUCGAGGGGUGACAGAUGUCGUCGUGAAGAAUGCAAUCCUGGCAGCUUGUUGCAGAGAAGGCGAGUUGGAAUUGGCUCAGGAAAUAUUUUCGACUCAGCUGGAGUUGAAUGAUAAUGUAUCUUGGAACACGAUGAUCUCGGGAUAUGUUCAGAAUGGGCGUGUGGAGGAGUCGAUCCAGCUGUUUAGGUGCAUGGCCGAGGAGGGUUUUAACUGGGACAACCACACAUUUGCUACUGUCUUGAGUGCUUGUUCUACUUUGAAGAAUUUGAAGCUUGGGAAAAAAAUACAUGUUCGGGUUCUGAAAGAAGGGAUGUUGGCUAGUCCCUUUAUAGCCAGUGGCAUCGUAGAUGUUUAUUGCAAGUGUGGUAAUAUGGGGUAUGCUGAGUCUGUUCACAAGACAGUUGGAACGAGAAAUUCGUUCUCAAUUACUUCGAUGAUUGUUGGAUACUCGACAAGUGGUAGCAUGCGAGAAGCCAGAAGGCUUUUCGACUCAUUAGCAGAGAAAAAUAUUGUCGUUUGGACCGCCAUGUUUUCUGGGUACGUGAAAUCCCAGCAAUACAAGAAUGUUUUUCAUCUUUUCCGGGAGUUUCAGAACAAGGAAAAAACAGUUGCGGACGCUUUGAUCGUUGUCAGCCUGCUUUGUGCCUGUGCAACACAGGCCUCUAUAGAUCUUGCUAUCAAGCUUUUUGAGGAAAUGAAACAAACCGGCCUUCAACCUGAUGCUGUAACUUUUGUCGCAAUUCUAUCAGCUUGUCGGCAUUGUGGUUUAGUAGAAGAAGGUGAGAUGUAUUUUUCGUCAAUGAUGGAAGAUUAUGCAAUAACUCCCGAAACCGACCACUACGCGUGUAUGUUAGACUUGUAUGGAAGGUCGAAUCAACUCAAAAAGGCAGUAGCCUUUUUCGAGAAGAUGCCUAUUGAACCGGAUACCAUAAUAUUGGGCACGUUCAUGAAUGCUUGCAAAAUGAAUCGAAAUCUUGAACUCGCAAGAAUGGCAGAGAACAAGCUAUUGGAAAUCGAAGGGAAUAAUGGAGAAAGGUAUGUGCAGUUGGCUAAUGUGUACGCUUCCGAGGGGAAAUGGGACGAGAUGAGGAGGGUGAUGAAGAGGAUGAGAGGGAAGGCAGUCAAGAAGGUCACAGGACGUAGUUGGGUAAACGUUGGGAAUAGUGUUCAUGUUUUUAAGUCGGGUGACCGAUCUCACUCCGAAGCCGAGGCUAUAUAUUUUACUCUAGGAUGCUUGAUUCAAGAACUUUGUGGUGUACUUGCAUUUGAUGAUUUGAUAUAA